UUAUGAGGGAAUAUAAUUUUAUUUUUUAAAAUUCUUUUACAAAUAGUAUAUUAUUUUUCUAAAUACAUGGAAAGAUAGUUUUCAACAUUCACCUUUGCAAAAAUCUUAAGUUUCAAAUUUUUCUCCCUUUUCUCUUUCCUCCCCAGAACAGCAGCAAUCUGAUAUAGGUUAAAUAUGUGCAGUCCUUCUAGACUUAUUUCCAUAUUCAUCAUGCUGCACAAAAUAAAAUCAGAUCAAAAGAGAAAAAACAAGAAAAAACAAGGGAAAAAAAAAACAACCAAAGCUGAAAAUGCUAUGCUUUGAUCCACAGGAAUGUAACUUUAAAAAAAUCAAAUGCAAGAAAAAAAAUCCUAUAAGCUUUAUGAUUAAAACUUUAUAUUCAGUGUCACUGUAUGGUCAUAUCUGCAACUCUAUACAGAAUAAUUUUAUAAGCAUAUAAUCUAGCAAUGCCUUAUAAUUACAAGUUAUGUCUUAUUAAUGUUUUAAAUUUUACUUGUGGUAUGAAGCAAUAAAGAGAUUUUGGUAGAAUUAGUUACAAAUUACAAAUUAAGUUCAUUUAUUGAUGUAUUUUAAAAAGAUGAGACGAACCAAUAAGGUUAUUUAUUUCAUUAAACCAAAAUUUUACAGUAACAAAAUAAAAUAAAGCAACAAAAUAAAAUCCUUGCUUAUUACUCCAUUGCUUAAAUGAGCAAUUUCUACAAACUAGCGUAGGCAUAGUUCUAUGGCUUAUUCUUUUUGAAGUUAGUAGAUAACUAGUCUCAAAGCCAAAACAAAACAUGUGCGUCCUAGUCUAGGUUGGAAAAUUGCUCCCCCUAUUGUUAAAGGCACGGGAGGUUUUAAAUCCUCCCUUGUAACAGGUGGGAUUUAUUUUACUAAAACAAAACAAUACAAAUCCUUAUUUGCUGUGCAGAGCAGACUUUUCUGUCUUUAAGAUGCAGCAUUUUUAAGAUGUUGCCCACUUGUCACAUCCUCCUCUUUGCUUUCAAGGUAAGCUUAGGUUAUGAGUACCAUAUGUUAAAUCUUGGCUUUACCACUUCUGUAUGUAAAUUCGAAGCAAUAUUAAUCCAGGAUUUCUCUGCACCACCCUUUCUACCCCAACCCUGCCAUUCAAAGCAACAUUCGAAUGCCUCCUUAGCAAUUUUGUAGAAAGCCAAAGAUAAGUGGAUAUAUUUCUAGGCUUAACACUUGAUUUUCAUUGAACCGGACAAAGGAAAAACCAGUUAGCCACCAGUUAGCAGGAACCAGAAUCCCAGAUGUGUCGGAGACUUGAGCAAAUUAGCGUUUCUCUUAGAAGCAGGAGCAGAAGCUCUGAGCUUCCCUGGGUGAGGCGGGGACUCCUAGUGGGCUGCAGUUACCCUCGAGGGUAGGGUGGAGGGGGAUUGGUUGGUUAUCACUGUGCCCUUACUCUCUCUGGACGCCCCCUGCUUUCCUUGCAGGGAUCGCGGCGCGCGCUCUUGCAGCAGUCUCUCUUCUGGCCCCGGGCUAAAGCAGCCCGGGGCGCUGCCAUAACAACGGCCAGGACGCCCGAACCUUAGGUCAAAGCUGCCGCCGCCGCCGCCUGGGAAACCAUCUUUUUCCCGGGACCAACAGUGCGGCGGCGGCGGCGGCGGCGGCCGGAGGAGCGAGGAGGAGACCGGAGACACGGCGGAGUCUCGGUGCUAAGGAGACUGCAUCGGCGCCCGCCCCCUCCUGUUGCCGAGGGAUUGGCGCACCAACAUGCCCUUCCAGAAACACGUCUACUAUCCGUUCGCCGGUGGCCAGGAGGGCCAGGUGCCUACUUCCAGCUCAACGCUGCAUUGCCCGGCCCGCUCCACCGUGUCUGGGGUGGCCGGCAUGGCCACGGGCGGCGCGGGGCCCUUUCCCUUCUUCCAAUUCCGGCCUCGGCUCGAGAGUGUGGAUUGGAGGCGGCUCAGCGCGAUCGACGUGGACAAGGUCGCUGGCGAGCUGGACUUCCUCACGCUGCAGGAGAACAUCAUGAACAUCACCUUCUGCAGACUGGAAGACGAGAAAUGUCAUCACUGCCAAUCCGGGGUGGACCCGGUGCUGCUGAAGCUCGUCCGCCUGGCCCAAUUCACCAUUGAGUACCUGCUGCACUCGCAGGAGUUCCUCACCGCCCAGCUGCAAGCGUUGGAGGAGAAACUGCGCCUGGCCCUGGGCGAAGUGGAGCAGAGCAAGAAGUUGCUGGCCAAACAGGGGGCGGAGAUGAGGCUGCUGAAGGACGAGUGCAAACGGAGGAAGAAGAUGAUAACCACGCAGCAGAUGAUGAUUGAGGCAAAAGCCAGCUAUUACCAGUGUCAUUUUUGUGAAAAGGCUUUUAUGAAUCAUGCUUUUCUGCAAAGUCAUAUUCAGCGACGCCAUCCUGAAGAAUCUCACUUUGGAGACUCUAGGAAGAAGUCCCAGACUGACAGGCUACAGACUGAGAUUGAAAUGCUGAAGGAGCAAUUACAACUCACCAAAUCUCAGUUGGAAGCUGAGCAGCAGGCUCAUAUGGUCAGGUUUUCUAAGGAAUAUGAAAUCCAGAAAUCAAAAGAGGAAGAAAUUCUGAAGUCAUUUGAUAAAUGGAAAGAAGAAGAAAAAGAGAAGUUAAUUGAUGAAAUGGAGAAAGUAAAAGAGAUGUUUAUGAAGGAAUUUAAAGAAUUAACUUCUAAGAAUUCAGCAUUAGAAUAUCAAUUGCUGGAGAUACAGAAGUCCAACAUGCAGAUAAAAUCCAAUAUAGGUACGUUAAAAGAUGUUCAGGACUCUAAAGAAGAAAAACUUCAGUAUUCACAGGAUUUCCAAAAUAUGAUGCAGCUUCUUGAUAAUCAGGAGAGUAAGUGGACUUCUAGAGUUCAAGCUCUUCACCAAGAACACAAGAAAGAAAAAAGCCAGCUCCUGUCACAUAUAGAAAAACUUCGAACAUCUAUGAUAGAAGAUUUGAAUUCAAGUAAUGUUUGUUAUAAGAAAAGGAUAGAAGAACUAGGGCAGCAAAUCCAAGAACAGAAUGAAUUGAUUAUUUCUCAGAAACAGCAGAUUAGAGAAUUUGCCAGCAAACCAUUACACACAAUCAGUGAGCAGAAUGGGAGUUCUUCUACAAAGCAGACUUUGGAAAGACCUGUGCCAACUAUACAUAUGAAUGCUUUGGCGUUAAAGAGUUUGGAUUCUAAAUCAAGUCAAACAGUAGUGCAAGAACAGGUAUCCAAGUUGCACAUAAUGGAACCGAUAGAGGAACUUUCAGAUGAAGAAAAAGGAAAAGAGAAUGAGAAGAAAUUAAUUAAUAACAAACUGCACUUGAUAAAAGCUUUGAAGAGCAAUCCUUCUCUCACUAAAGAAUUAAGAACAGUCUUAGAACAGAUUUUGGUGGAGAAACUGGAAAACUUGGGAAUUAGCGCAGGUGUUCGUGGUAUUCCCACUAAGCACUUGAAUCGAGUGCUAAGUACUAUUGAAAUUGCAAGGCAAGAGAAAGGAAAGCAAGUGCCCAAAGUACAGGAGAUUAGAGACUUUCUGGAAUAUAAAGUCAGCUGCAAGAUGGAGGAAAAAAGCUCAGUGAAUUCAAACAAACUUCUUACCGAUGCUUCUUUGCUUUUUUCAGAUAAAGCUAUCAUGACCCAGUUGGAAGGUUCCUCAGUUGGAGAAUUACCUAGAGUGACAAAGUCAUCUUCAAAAAUUAAGCAUCUGGUCAAACAAAAAUCUGUUCCUGCUGAGGAGAUACAUCUGCCAAUGAAAAGUACUGUAGAAGAGCAUUUUCUUAAAAAGUCUUCAAGUAUUUCGACUCCUCCCUUUAGUUCUGAGGAUGAAUUAGAUGAGACUGGCAUCAUUCAGUCCUUUGUCUCCCCAGAAUUGCUUCACAAACAGUCUGUAACCAGCCUCCACUCUUUUGGAAAUGAUGCUGCCAAAAGUGACACCGAAUGGUCCGAAGGAAGUGAAAUCGAAGAUAAUGAAAUCCCUACAAAACCUGUAGAAGGCACCUGCAUUAAGUUGCUAACUGAAAAAGUUGAAAAGACAGUCUCAAAUCACAGAAAUGUAAAUAAACCAGUCGGUGGAAUUAAUGUUGUUGAACCAUUUGUUAAAAAGGAAGACUCACAAGAAGAAUUAAAGUGUUCAGAUGUAGAGGAUGAGGACUGGGAUUUAUCAUCCUUGGAGGAAGAAAAGUCUUCGAAAAAAAAUGUUGGGAAAAAACCAAGUGCAACUUCACUUUUAAAGAUUGAAUCUAAUACCACUCAAGUUACAAGUGCCUGGAGUACAUUUGCUCCCAAAGUGCCCAAAGCAGCAGUACUUCCAGAAGCUGAUACAAGUACAUUAAAAAGCAGCUUAGUAACUGUAACUGACUGGAGUGACUCUUCGGAUAUAUAACCUUGUCAGAUGUGACUCCCUGGUGCCAAUGCUGAUCUCAGUAAUCUGUCCACAUGGUUCUAACUCUCAUGCCUUAUUGUAAUUCUCACAGUAACAAGGAAGCUUAUUCACAGAACAAAGGUAUAUUUAAUGGCAUUUAAAUAUUUAUUGAAAAACCAGUUGAUAAGUCAGCAGUAUUUUAAAGCAUAAGAGUGUUAAAAAAAAAAAAAACUUGUCAAUGCAUAAAACAUUUUUUCCAUAAUGGUACUUGAUUAUUAGCGUAUUUUUUCAAAUGAUUUUUAAAAACCAGUUUUUAAGCACAUUUUACCAUUCCUGGAUUUUUUUGUUGUUGAAAGUAAUAACAUUUUUAUAUUGUAAUUUAAAUUCUUAUAUAAUUUGUUUCUCAAUUUGUGUUAAAUUUUACAAUUUUUUGUACUAAUCUUUUAAACCAAAAUAAGAGAAGUAAUGCAUACUUAAAAUAUUAAUCUUGUUAUUUUGACAUACAGUUAAUUCUAAAAUUACCAAAAAAUUACAUAUGUGUAUAUGUUUAUAGGCCUGAAUUACUUUCAGCUACAGAAUUGUAACCAGAACCAUCAGUGUAUGCUGCAUUGAGACACUUUCAGCAUGUUUACAAUGAAUACAUUCAUUUUAACAUAUAGUGAGAUACUGUUUUCUGCAUUCUAAUAGCUACCUUGGAUAUUUUGUGAGUAAAAUAUAACUUUAAAUAGCUAACUAGGUUGCCUAAUAAUGUCAUUAGAAAAGAUAGGGUCAUUACUGAAUUAACAUGUAUAUUUGUGGUUAUUAUUACAUUUUAUAUUUUUAUUUUAAUAGAAAAUCUGUAUUAUAAAAUAGCAAAAUUUAACAAAUUAUGUUGUAUUCUUGCCAAUAUGACUUUUGUCAGAGGCCAGGAAAUUCAUAUCAAUUGUUUUUGCAUUUUUUUAUACACUCAAAAAAAAAAAAGCAUUUUUAAAGCUACUUUCUGUACUUUGAAACAAAGAGACAUUUCAACUAAAUGGCUAUGUUGAGGUUUUGAUUUUAUUUUUUCUUUAAUUGUGAACCUCUCCAGUAAAAUUUUACAUUGUA